AUGUUCUUCUUCUUCACCUGCGGAACACACACCUUCACCUCUCAACUCAAAGGCGCAGAGCAUGUCCAAGUACAAUGCCAAAACUGCGGCAACUAUCGGACGGCUGUGAUGAAGCGCUGGGAGUGGUUUACGUUUUGCUUCAUACCCGUUAUCCCGUUUUCACUGAAACCGUACAAGGAGCUCGGCUGCAGUACUUGCCACUUUUGGCAGGAUAUCAAUUAUCGCCCGGAUGUGCUGCAGCAGAUGAGCCAGGGC